AUGAUUAAAGAGAAGUUGAAGACCGCACAAGACCGAAAGAAGAGUUAUGCGGAUAACAGGUCCAAAGAUCUUGAAUUUGCAGUUGGGGAUUGGGUGUUCUUGAAGUUAUCUCGUUGGAAGGGUGUGAUGAGAUUUGGGAAACGCAGAAAGUUAAGCCCCCGUUACAAUGGGCCUUAUGAGGUCAUGGAGCUAAUUGGACCUGUUGCUUACAGACUUGCCUUACCUCCAGAACUAUCUUGA